AUGGCGAGGGGGCAGCUGUCGGGGGGCGCUUGGGGGGCUCUGGUGCUGUUGGGGCUGAUGCUGCCGGCUGCACCGGCGGGAGCUUGGUACAAGCACGUCGCCAGCCCGCGGUACCACACGGUGGGACGCGCCUCGGGGCUGCUGAUGGGUGUCCGCCGCUCCCCGUAUCUCUGGCGCCGGGAGCUGCCGGCAGAACCUCCGCACCGCCCUGGGGGCACCGCGUCCGCCGCAGCCCCGCAGCCCCCGGGGAGCCUCGCGGGGGACCCUCCGCCACCGCCGCCCGGCCCCGGCCGCCUCCUGCAGCGCCUGCUCCGCCGGGGCUGGGGCUGGGGGGGGCCGCGUCCCGCACCCGCCCGGCCGCCGCCCUCCGCCCGCGGAGCUCAGCCUCGCCCGAUUGAAGACAUCGCUGUGCUGCGCUGAAGGCCGGGCAGGGAAGCUCCAGGAGCUGAGCAGUGCCAGCUGCCCACGGUGGGGACUUUUCAGUGGCUGCUGAGUUCCAUCGGCGCUUCUCCGGCUGCUCUGACCUCUGAAAGCAUACAGACAAUUGCAUUCAAAACUAAAUAAAUAAUAUACAUAUCAGAUUUUUUUCUCACCCACUGUCCAAGUGCAGUGGUAAAUUCAUCUUGUUUUCAGGUCAAUUUAGUGCUAUGAACUUGGGGAGAAACCAACAGGGAAGAUAUUUAUUUUGUUUAUUUUUUUUUUAGAUUUCUGUACUUGCUUGUUUGCAAUAUGACACAAACACGUUCUGUUUGCUUCCUAGGAUCUU